AUGAAUAAUGGAUGUGUAGAGCCUCCAGCAGAUGGGACGCACUCUCUGCCCCGAAAAUCAGCCUCUUCAGGGGGUCCGGGGGGUCUGGCCUGUCCAAGACCCAACCAGGACCCAACCAGGGACCAGGGACCAGCCAGGGACCAGCCAGGGACCAGCCAGGGACCAGUCAGGGACCAGCCAGGGAUCAGCCAGGGACCAGCCAGGGACCAGCCAGGGACCAGUCAGGGACCAGCCAGGGAUCAGCCAGGGACCAGCCAGAGAUCAGGGACCAGCCAGAGACCAGGGACCAGCCAGAGACCAGGGACCAGCCUGGCACCAGCCAGGGACCAGCCAGGUACAGUAGACCAGGCAGGGACCAGCCAAAGAGAAACCGGUUUGGUCUCCUGA